AUGCAGGAGGCGGGGUUCUCGGAAGACCUGAAGAGAGAGUUGGAGGAGCGCAUCGCUGGCAGCGCCUUCAAGAGUGAGCAUGCUACAGCUCAUUCCAUUGUGGACAUGCCGGCGAGCGCAGGUCAAGGAACUCGCGAUAUUGCCGGAGCCCAACCGUGGAGCGGUUCGGAAAACCUCCACGACGUUACGCUACGGAUGCUGGAUAGCUCGAAGAAGUCGAUACGGACGCCCUACAAAAUCCCUCAACCCAAUCCCGUCGAUAUGAGAAUCUCCCCCAAGCCCAAGAAAUCGGCAGGCCUCCGUCUCGCCGAAGCCAAAGAACGUACCUCGACAUAUACACACAGUCAAAGCCCUGGGGUAUCGGACCAUGAGCGCGAAGCUAUGCGGAAGGAGAUGCGAGAACGUUUCACCCCCGGUGCGCGUCCGAUGCCCGUCACGAUCCAAGGAUUGACAUCGCUUGCGAACGAACGGAUAGAAGAUGCGAUUGCUCGGGGGCAGUUCGACAGGAUAAAGCGAGGGAAGGGUAUCAACACCCAGACCGAUCAUAACGCAAACAGCGCAUAUAUCGAUACCACCGAAUAUUUCAUGAAUAAGAUGAUCCAGAAGCAGGAGCUCGUACCGCCAUGGAUUGAGAAACAACAGGAAUUAGCGAGAGAGGUUGGUCGAUUUCGCGAACGUCUCAGGGCGGAAUGGAGACGGCAUGCUGCCAGAAAGAUUGCCAGCCACGGGGGGUCUCUUGAGGCCCAGAUCAGACGCGCGCAAGCGUACGCUGCUGCAGAGGCUCGCCUAGUUGAAAAGGCCAAUAUCGAGAAAUCAUUCCAGGGUGGUGCUGGCUCCCAAGCUCCUUCGACAGAGCUGGAACAUAAUCUCUCUGAAGUCUCCGCCUCGUUGGCUGAUGAAGUCCCCAAUACUUCGACGCUAGAGACAUCGAGCAUCCCUGAUACGGAAGAUGCUAGCCGGUUGCCGCAUCUACCACCAUUCCGAGAUCCAGAGCAUCUUGCAAUUGAGCGGUCGUUCUACGAGCUCACAAUCAAGAACCUCAAUACACUUGCCCGUUCAUACAAUUUGCAGGCACCGCCUGUUGCUCAGAAGCCUUACCUGAACUUGGAACGCGAGCUCUCCGCAUGCUACGCCGACGUGGCUCCCAGUUUGGCAGAGGAGAUCAGGAGACGGGCGACCGAGAGAGCCCGCACGCCCGAGUCAGUGGGCUCCAAAGCCAACGGAUUGCUUGAUUCCCUUAGCACGUCUCCUACGGUGAACGUGUACGAGGAGGACCAGGCGAAAGGCUACGGGUUCAAGCAAUUCUGGCGGGAUAUGUUUUCAAAGAAGGAUUAG